AUGGAACCUUUAUCUGAUCCAUUAUCUCUGACGGGUGAGGCGGAAAAAAAAUACACUGUAUUUUUUUCCUACAGUUUCCCACAGUCAAAUUUGACAUAAAAUUUUCCAAUUUUUGAAAACGAUAGGAAAAAAAUACAUGGAAAAGAAAAAAAAAAAAUUCGAAACCAGGGCGGAAAAAAAUUCAACCCCCAAAAAUGAAAAAAAACCGCAUGAAAAAAAUACACAUAAAAAAAAAUAUUAAAUUACUAAUAUUUAAAAAGAAGCAAAGAAAAUGCUUUAUUAAAUAUGAAUGACAAUAGCAGUCAUUGCAUUUGCUAUAAAUUCACAUAAUAGAUAAAAAAUAGAUGCAAGAACUGUAUCAUAUGCUUUAUAGUAAAAAGUUUUCUGUGUUUUUUUUUUCCAAACCGCAUGAAAAAACUACUAUAAAAAUUUGAAAUACAGAUCUUUAAGUCAAAUAGAGUUAAAAAUAACGAAAAAACAGUCCCAGCUUAAAUCUCUCUUUAAUAACGAGAUUUCAAGAAUAAAAUUAAUGCCUAAAUGUUAAAGAUCAGUUUAAAUAAAAAAAAUUAAAAACAGAAGGAAAAAAAUUCAAAAUUUUUUUUUCUAAAAAAACAGCAUGAAAAAAAUAUCAGUAAAAUUUUAACAGUCUAAAUUUCGGCAUGAAAAAAAUACAAUAGAAAAAAUUUAGUAGGAAAAAAAUACAUAUAAAAAUUUAUAUUUUUUUUUUAAAAUUUUUUAAUUAAAAAAAAUCCAAAAUAUCUAACUCCCAAUAGCGGACGAAAUCAAUGUUUUUUUUUCCCUAAAAAUGGACUCUUAGGUACCAUUUAAUAACAGAAAUUUUUUUACUAUAAAAAAUUUUAAAUUAUAUAAGAUAAUCGUUCAUUAUAAAUUUACUAAUAUACAUAAAAUGGCGGAUGACUUCCGACCCGUCCUCUUGAGACAGUUACCUGUGUAUAUCCGGGCAUGGUUUUUGGAGCCAGGAAUUAGCCCAGCUAUGUCUUUGUACCUCAAGGCGAGAGGUCUAAGCGCAAAGAUCGCUGUUUUUGUGACCAAGACCCUUGGGCAGUUAUUCGUGACUCCUUUUUUCCAGCAGAGCCCAGCCUAGUGGGUGUCAGAAAUGAGGCACGGCGACAUACCUGCCUAAACUGCUUUUGUGAUUUGCCCCGAAUGGCGAAAGUUGUUGAGUUCUUUCUCGGGAUGACCGGAAAAGAGGGGAAGGCAAAUUAAACGAGAAAUCGGGGUUCUCCCCAAUUAAAAGGUGCCCCUUCAGUGGGCAGAUUUGGCGACGUACGGACAGAGUUGACGCAAGAUUCAGGGCGACGAAUCAAGUUGGAAAUGGAGGCGGUCAGUUGGUCAUCACCUCUACCGAGAAACCGGGGUUUCGGACCGGGCUUGAAGCGGCCACGCCUUAGCCAGCUUACGGGGUUAUCUCCAUAAAACGUCACGGCGGCGAAGUAGGGACUUAAAAUACAUAGCAUCUUAACAUAACAUAACAUAACAUAACAUAACAUAACAUAACAUGACAUAACAUAACAUAACAUAGCAUAACAUAACAUAACAUAACAUGACAUAGCAUAACAUAACAUAACAUAACAUAACAUAACAUAACAUAACAUAACAUAACAUAACAUAACAUAACAUAGCAUAACAUAACAUAACAUAGCAUAACAUAAUAUAACAUAACAUAACAUAACAUAACAAAGCAUAACAUAAAUUUACUAGAGCCAAUGAAAUAAAGAUGGGAAUAUUUAAAUAGAAUUAAUUUAAGCGCAAAGGUAUUAAAAAAUUAUGAGAGCUAAUAAUAUGCAUCUGGCUUUCUUUUCUUUAAACCUUGAUCUCCCCUUUUCAAUUGAUAAAUGCCUUUUACUAAUUCGCCGACACUUGACUUUGAUAUAUUGAACUUGUAGGCUAUAUCUUCAUAUGAAAGACCUUCAUUUUGAUGAUCCAGGUAGUAUUGUGCAAUAACUAGCUUAUCACCAGCUGUUAGUCUUUUCUCUUUCUGGUUUCUCCAUUCAACUCCAUUUUAUUAGAUUUAGUGCUUCUCUUUUGACUUAAAAAUGCAUUUUUUUUUCAGCCGUUUAUAAAAAAUUUUAAAUAGAAAAAUAUUUAUAAAUAUCGAACUUUUUUAAUAGCGGACGAUUUUUUCGUCCGCUAUUAAUUGGGGGGGGAGUUAGAACUAUCCAAUAGACAACUAAAAGAAGAGUUGAUCAGGUGGACUUAAGCGCAGUGUAAUCGACUCCAAACCAGAAGGAAUAAAACUUAGAAAUAUAAAUAAUUAAUCGUUUUAUUAUCAGUUAUUAUUACUAAUCACACACAGUAGAGUUUGGAUAACUCAUCCUUAGAUAUUUUGGAUUUUUUUAAUUAAAAAAUUUUAAAAAAAAAAAUAUAAAUUUUAUAUGUAUUUUUUUCCUACUAAAUUUUUUUCUAUUGUAUUUUUUUCAUGCCGAAAUUUAGACUGUUAAAAUUUUACUGAUAUUUUUUUCAUGCUGUUUUUUUAGAAAAAAAAUUUUGAAUUUUUUUCCUUCUGUGUUUUUAAUUUUUUUAUUUAAACUGAUCUUUAACAUUUAGGCAUUAAUUUUAUUCUUGAAAUCUCGUUAUUAAAGAGAGAUUUAAGCUGGGACUGUUUUUUCGUUAUUUUUAACUCUAUUUGACUUAAAGAUCUGUAUUUCAAAUUUUUUAUAGUAGUUUUUUCAUGCGGUUUGGAAAAAAAACACAGAAAACUUUUUACUAUAAAGCAUAUGAUACAGUUCUUGCAUCUAUUUUUUAUCUAUUAUGUGAAUUUAUAGCAAAUGCAAUGACUGUUAUUGUCAUUCAUAUUUAAUAAAGCAUUUUCUUUGCUUCUUUUUAAAUAUUAGUAAUUUAAUAUUUUUUUUUAUGUGUAUUUUUUUCAUGCGGUUUUUUUUCAUUUUUGGGGGUUGAAUUUUUUUUCCGCUCUGGUUUCGAAUUUUUUUUUCUUUUCCAUGUAUUUUUUUCCUAUCGUUUCAAAAAAUUGGAAAAUUUUAUGUCAAAUUUGACUGUGGGAAAACUGUAGGAAAAAAAUACAGUGUAUUUUUUUCCGCUUCACCCUUAUCUGACAGAUUUGAAAAGUCACAGCCACCGCCACCACAUCGCCCACUAGAUAGGUCUCUAUUAUACCCCAACGGUAUCAACUUUCCUCCUGACUGAAAUCUUUUGCGUUCACAUCUGCAAUAUGAAGGCCGCUUGACCAAGGCUGACUGCAUGCUACUUAUCCGUCAAGGCACUGACUGUCUAAGAUGUGAGCACAACUUAAUUGAACUAAAAGAUCCUGUCACCGUCGUAGGUGACAUCCACGGUCAAUUUUACGAUUUUUUACGAAUUUUAGAACUAGGUGGCAACCUAAAUGACACAAAAUAUUUAUUUCUAGGAGACUAUGUAGACCGAGGGUCAUUUUCAAUUGAAGUUUUACUACUACUAUAUGCAAUCAAGCUGAAUUAUCAGCAAACUGUUUUCCUGAUCCGUGGAAACCACGAAUGCCGACAAAUGUCAUCGUAUUUUAAUUUUCGCGCGGAAUGCUUAUAUAAAUAUGAUGCAGAAGUUUACGAUACCAUCAUGGACUCUUUUGAUGCCUUGCCAGUUGCCUGCAUUUUAAAUAACAAAUUCUUAGCUGUUCAUGGAGGAAUUUCUCCAGAACUUGUGAGCAUUGAAGAUAUUUGGAAAAUGAAUAGGUACACUGAGCCGCCAAGGCAAGGGAUAUUUUGUGAUUUAUUAUGGAGUGAUCCGAUUGAUAAUGAUACAGGAGCUUCGACUGAUAAUUUUGUGGGAAAUGAUGUAAGAGGGUGCAGCUUUUAUUAUGGGAUUAGGGCUGUAAAUACAUUUUUGAAGCAAAAUAAGCUACUUUCAGUGUUGAGAGGGCAUGAAGCACAGUUAGAUGGGUAUAAAAUGCAUAGGUGAAAUGGGAACUCUGAGUUUCCUGUUGUAAUCACUAUAUUUUCAGCUCCGAACUACUGCGAUGUGUAUAAUAAUAAAGCAGCUGUGGUAAAAUUUGAAAAUAAUUCGCUGAAUGUGCAGCAGUUCAACUAUACAGAGCACCCUUAUAUUUUGCCGAAUUUCAUGGACGUUUUUAAUUGGAGCACUCCUUUUGUGAUUGAAAAAGUCUUAGAGAUGCUGCAUGGCUUGAUACAGCCAAAACAUAUAGAUGAACUAAAUGAAUUAGGAGAUGGAGAAAAAGUCAAAGAACUUAAAGAAGGACUGAGGGUGAGCAAGAUUGAACAAUUUAAAAAUAAAGUGAAAGCAGUCACAAGAAUGAUGAAAAUGUUUAAGACACUGAGAGAAAGCCAAGAAGUCAUAAUCCAAUUAAAAGGCUUAUGCCCUGAUAACAAAGUGCCGAAAGGGCUACUUCAGCAAGGGAGAGACGCAAUUAUAGGAGCUGUUGACUCUUUUGGAAGAGCUAAACAGCUAGACAUAAUUAAUGAAAAAAGGCCAGAUUAA